CAGUGAGCAGGAAGCCGCUUGUUUGAAUGCACCGUUCAAGGUGGGACGGAACGGUGACGUGCAUCGGGAGAGAGGAGCGCAGGGCGUGGGCACCAUGACCGAGUGCUUCCUGCCCCCCAGCAACAGUCCCGGCGAGCAGCGGCGGGCGGAGCACCCGGGCGGCAUGGCCCGGACGCCCAGCUCCGAGGAGGUCAGCCCCGCCAAAUUCCCGGGCCUGUACCGCGGGGGCGAGCCCUCGCCACCCCACGACGGCCACCACGAGCCCCCCGACGCCGCCUCCGACGACGACAAGGAGCACGGCAAGAAGAAGAACAAGUUCAAGAAGAAGGAGAAGCGAACCGAGGGCUACGCCGCCUUCCAGGAGGACAGCUCGGCCGACGAGGCGGAGAGCCCGUCCAAGAUGAAGCGCUCCAAGGGCAUCCACGUCUUCAAGAAGCCUAGCUUCUCCAAGAAGAAGGAGAAGGACUUCAAGGCGAAGGAGAAGCCGCGGGAGGAGAAGGGCAAGGAGAAGAAGUCCAAGGACCUGACGGCGGCCGACGUGGUCAAGCAGUGGAAGGAGAAGAAGAAGAAGAAGAAGCCGAGCGCGGAGCCGGAACUGCCACCCGCUGCCGCCACCGCCACCGCCACAGCCGCCGCCGAGACGCCCCCGCUGCGGCCCGUCUUCGGCGCGCCGCUGGCCGAGGCCGUGCGGAGGACGGCGCUCUGUGACGGCAUCCAGCUGCCCGCCGUCUUCCGCGAGUGCGUGGACUACAUCGAGAACCACGGCAUGAAGUGCGAGGGAAUCUAUCGGGUGUCGGGGAUGAAGUCCAAGGUGGACGAGCUGAGGGCGGCGUACGACCGCGAGGAGAGCCCGUGCCUGGAGGACUACGACCCGCACGCGGUGGCCAGCCUGCUGAAGCAGUACCUGCGGGAGCUGCCCGAGACGCUGCUGAGCCGCGACGCGGCGGCGCGCUUCGAGGACGCCUGCGGCCGCCCCGCCGAGGCCGACAGGCUGCAGGAGUUCCAGCGGCUGCUGGCCGAGCUGCCGCCCCACAGCCGCCUGCUCCUGGCCUGGCUCGUCACCCACAUGCACCACGUCAUCAGCCGCGAGGCCGACACCAAGAUGAACAUCCAGAACAUCUCCAUCGUCCUCAACCCCACCGUGCAGAUAGGGAACCGUGUUCUGUACGUCUUCUUCACCCACGUGCGGGAGCUCUUUGGAGACGUCACUCUGAAGCCCGUGGUGCAGCCUCUGCGCUGGUCCAACAUGGCAACCAUGCCCCAGCUGCCCGACACCCCGGAGAGCAUCAAGGAAGAAAUCCGCAGACAGGAGUUCCUGCUGAGCAGCCUGCACCAGGACCUGCAGGCCGGGGUGAAGGACCUGUCCAAAGAGGAGCGGCUGUGGGAGGUGCAGCGAAUCCUGACCGCCCUCAAGCGCAAGCUGCGUGAGGCCAAGCGCCAGGAGUGCGAGACAAAGAUUGCGCAGGAAAUCGCCAGCCUCUCCAAAGAAGAUGUGUCCAAGGAGGAGAUGACGGAGAAUGAAGAGGAGGUGAUCAACAUCCUCCUGGCCCAGGAGAACGAGGUCCUGACGGAGCAGGAGGAGCUGCUGUCUCUGGAGCAGGUGCUGCGCAGGCAGAUCGCCACGGAGGAGGAGGAGAUCGAGCGCCUGCGGGCUGAGAUCGCCGACAUCCAGAGCCGGCAGCAAGGGCGCAGCGAGACGGAGGAGUACUCGUCGGACAGCGAGAGCGAGAGCGAGGAUGAGGAGGAGCUGCAGCUCAUCCUGGAGGACCUGCAGAAGCAGAACGAGGAGCUGCAGAUUAAGAACACGCACCUGAACCAGGCCAUCCACGAGGAGCAGGAGGCCAUCAUUGAGCUGCGUGUGCAGCUGCGCCUCCUGCAGCAGGAGCAGCCGGCGCAGCCCGGCCCCGAGGCCCAGCCCCCCCGAGACGCCCCGGCCCCUCCCGCCCAGGCCUCCGCAGACAGCAAAGCCAGCAGGGAGUCCCUCAAGCCCUCCCCCAGCAAGGACCGGCGGGAGGUCAGCCUGUGAGCUGCCCGGCCCGGCCCCGCCCCGCCUCCAGCCACUCUCGCCUUCGUCGUCAUCCUCACCGCGGCUUCCGCACGUGGACGCGCCGCGAUCGCCACAGCCGAGCUGUCGCUAGGAGAGACAGCAGCAGGAGAGCCCCCUCUCUCACGCAGCAUCCUCUCCCAGAGAGAUCAGUGAAUUCUGCCCACUCUGUGACUCCUACAUACCAGUAUUAAGAAAUAAGCGAAUGGGCAACAUUUCGAAAGAGAAGCUCUUUAUCAGGUCUGUGCAGAAAUCUGUUGGAUCAUUGUGUUUGCUUAUUCAUUAAUAAAGGCAUGCAGGAGCAUUAGACUAUGCAGGCAUCUGUAUGACACUGUCACUGGUCUGCCCAGCACCUGCUGGAUGUGCACAUGACCAGCGCAGGAUGGGUAAAAGAUCAGAAACAAAGGGGAUCAAAGGCAAGACAUGCUAAGCACAAAUUCAUUCCUGAUACCCUUUGCCAUCUCUGAUCACAUGCACAGUGCAGGGGUUGAUAGGCGGUGAAAUGGCCAAGGGGCGUUUUGUAACUUAAAGUCAGCGGGCAUGUCAGAGAAUUUGAUUACAUCUUGAUGGUGUCUGUGAAGUAAAGUAUGGUGAAGGUUUGGUAUGCACUGCUCAGCAUUUGUUUUGAAUGUAGGACCCGAGGUCCCCUGAUUGUGGUUGACAGUGUUUACCCUCUUUCCCCUCAUACACGGGCACUGGUGGCUCUCCCCGCCAUUUCUGAAGACUGAACUGUUUUUUUUUUCCAUUAUGAUCAUGAGAGUGGGCUACUCUGCGGUUUGUUUCCCGUUACACUAAAGAUUUCUGAAUAACACCCAGUCAUCUUUAAAAAUUGCAAUCUACCAAUUCAGAUAACAUUUCUGAAUGUACAUCGGCUCUUUUCAUUAAGAACAUAUACACAGAAUCGUAAUUAGAAAAAAAACAUUGGCUGAUGGAUGUUUGGCUGGUAAAGUUUUGUGGUCAUUGUCGUGACCCAGCUUUUCUUGAUUCUGUACAGUUUCCACACCAGUAUGCUAAAAUGGAUUCCCUUGUGCCAAUGCUAUAUUCACCAUUUGCACAUUCUGGUGCUGUUUAAACCCUGAAAAUGAAACUCAUGUAUUAUGGCUGUCAGUGUUGUACAGUCAGUAUGUUGCACUUUUCUGUCAACCAAGCACUGUAUGAGCACAGAGUGUAAUGGCAGCUAGGGGAACCUUGCAUUUUCUCUACUGUAAAAGCAAAAUUACUUUGCAGCAGCUAAAUUUUCCUGCUGGCCGAGAGGUCAGUUGUGGCUUGAAUUGUGACACACGUCACGAGUAAUUUGUAAAGAACAGACACAGCUUCUUGCAUCUGGGCAGGUUACACAUUGUGCUUGGUCCCAUUUCAUGAGUUCUGUCAGUGCAUGUGUGCCACUGCAUUCCUGGUGGGUUUAGAAGGUAAAGCAGAACUUCCUGCCUUCGUAACACAUCGUGAUUGUGGAUAGAGCUUAAAGGACGCUGUGGUGUAGCAAUUAAGGGCACCAGGGGCAUCAACUCACAAGUGCCUGCAUUGGCAACAAUUACCUGAACUGUGUGAAGACACAGGUAUGCUACCUGCGGGCUAACUUUCAAGGACAGCCUGUGUGCUGAAUGUAACAGACCUUAAAUGCAGCGCUUCCCCGUCCAUUUUCAGAUUUUUUCUUUUUCAAUAGCAGCUGAACUAACCCUUAUGCUGAACUGCUUUUAAGUUUUUUUUUUGUGCAAGUGUUCAUUUUUGUAUUUUUUUUUUCUCUGACAGAAGACAUUGUGCUCAUUAACUAAAAUCCAGCUUGAGACAAAUCAAUUGUAUAGCUUGUUAACUGUCAUUAAUGAAAUGAUCUUGAUAGAAAUGAACAUGUUUGCAUAGAUUUUCAUACUUGUAGGAUUUUCUGAAGUUUCAUCAGUCAGAGCAAUACUGUGGAGAAUAAAAGC